AUGUUGCAUGGCAGUGAAAUGGACAAUCCCAUACCGACAUCCAUCUUCAAAGAACAAGAGCUAGACGAUAGCCAUCAUGGCACAGCUUACAAAGUCGAAUUCAUCGUCGAGCCACCAGAGGAGAUUCGUGAAAAUGAUCUCUUCCAACGUCCCAUGAUUGUCAGGGUGCGGAACUUGGAGGAUGGAAUGUCGUGGUGCCCGGUGGAGGCCCAGAUCCACGUCAAAGUAUUCCAUGCGACAGGUUCUGACCGCUUCGAGGUAUGCAGAAGGGUUGGGAGACAUGACAAGGGAGGCGUGUACACUCCCGGGCGCUCGAUCAACGGCCUGACCUCCCAUUUUAUGACGGUGCCUCUAGCUACCCAAGACGAGACCUUUGAAGUUCCCUUUGGCCGUUUUCACAAGGAGGGUCGGUACGUCAUCUAUGUCAUUUUGGCGCUGGCUCCCACGGAUACAUCGCCAAGGACGACGCGAGAGGCAUGGGCCAAGUCUAAAAACCCAAUUACGGUGAAGAGAUGAGGCAGGUAUGAACAUUUAGGUAGCGAGGUGUGCUUCUCUGGCUCAUACUCGGCGCCAUUCCCUGUUGACAUGCAAGAUACUCAAGCUUUGCCAAAUGCGUGUUUCUGCAAGGGGAAUCAAUAGAGGGUUGAAACAUUAUGUAAUAAAAAUGAGUCGUCGCUUGGGGUGUGGAAGGAAGAGUGUGCUGUCUGAAAGCGUUUACUGAUGAGAGGGAAUCGGGGUACAGUGACGUAGAGGACCUGAUUUCUUUUAGGAUUUCUUUCAUGCUUGUUUUUGAUAGUUAGUGCCCUAGCUGCUGGUCUUUCGUUUGGCUGAUUGCUCGGUUGGGAAUUUGAGCAACCGUCAUUUUUCUGUUCGUUCCCAGUUUGAAUGCAUAACAAGUAUUCCUCCAGAAGCAAUAGUAAUCUCCAUCUAUCUGGCAAAUAUGGCCUUUC